CCGAGCACGACGCCGACGGCUGAGCACGCUGCAAUGGCCGACGAGCCGAUGCUUCCGCCUGCGCCGACCGAGCUCGAAGCUGCGUACAACGACCUCUCGCCGCUGCAAAAGGUGUUUGUCGUGCUCCGGCCGCACUGGGCCCACGAUGCCAAGACGCAUCUGACGCUCCAAGAAGUCUCGGGGUCGCUCGGCGACCUCGGCACGUUCCUGCCGCUCGUGACUGCGCUCGCGGUCACGCACCAGAUUGCGUUUGGACCGACGCUUUUCUUCGCAGGCGUCUUCACCCUCGGGCUCGCCACGUACUUUGACGUGCCGAUUCCGGUCCAGCCCAUGAAGUCGAUCUCGGCGAUUGCGAUCGCGGAAAAAUACUCGCAGGAGCAGAUCGCUGCAUCCGGUAUCCUCAUCGCCGCAAUCCUCUUUGUCCUGUCGGCGACCAACCUCAUCACGGUGGUCGGGCGCUUCGUGCCCUUCUCGCUCGUCCGUGGCAUCCAGCUCGGCGUCGGCCUCUCGCUGCUCAUGAGCGGCGUCAAGAGCUCGUACACGCACGUGACGACGCUCUCGCUCAACAAGACGACCAGCAAUGUCAUCGUGACGCGCAGCAAGACAGACCUGCAGUGGUUUGGCGCCGACAGCAUCCUCGUGUCGCUGCUGUUGAUCACGCUCUGCCUCGCCUGCAUGCACAAGAAGCGCAUCCCCACGGCCAUCCUCGUGUUUCUCUAUGGCGUCAUCGUCGCCAUCGUCGCCUACGUCCAGAAGAAGGACGAGCUGCGCUUGCCGCCGCUCUCGCUCGGACCGGAUUUCAGCCGCAUGCCGUCGUGGCCCUCGGCCGACGACUUCCAAACCGCCUUUCUCAAGAUGGUGCUGCCCCAACUGCCCUUGACGCUCCUCAACUCUGUGAUUGCGCUCGAGCAGCUCGCGGCCGACCUUUUCCCGCACAAGCACGUGCCCGCGAGUUCGCGCCGCAUCUGCUUUAGCAUCGGCGUCGGCGAUUUUGUGUUUUGCAUGCUCGGCAUGCUGCCCAUGUGCCACGGCGCCGGGGGGCUGGCGUCGCAAUAUGCAUUCGGUGCGCGCAGCAGCGUCUCGAUGAUGAUCCUCGGGUGCUUCAAGCUCGUCAUUGCGCUUCUCUUUGGCUCGACGCUGAUGCUGCUGCUGCGCGACGGCAUCUUCCCGUCCUGUGUGAUUGGCGUCCUCGUCAUCUUCGCGGGCGUCCACCUCUCGAUCGUCGGCGUCGACAUCGACACGAAGAAGAACAAGGGCGAUCUCGUCGUGCUCAUGAUGACGGCCGCGACCUCCCUCGCGCUCGAUACCGGCACGGCGUUCCUCGUCGGCGCCUUUACGUACGUUGUCCUGCGCGUUGCGGUCCGCGAUCCAACGGCCUACUACAAGGUGCGCACGGAUGACACCGUGUGAUCGCGUCGCAGGUAGGGUUCCGACAUUCGAGUCUGCAGUUCCAGAAUCGGGAACCCUUCUAGAUGUAGAUUGUCUAUCCAAUCGAAUCAAACAUUCUGGUGUCAGAC